GGGUAAAAAAACCUCGUGGGCGACGAUAAAAAAAAAAAUAGUAUCAGGAAAUUUGGACCAGGUGUUUCAUCACCAAGUGAAGAUGGAGAGAAAGAAAAGAAAGGAGGUGAGUGCGAUUCAGGGGACGGAUUUAGCCUUAGAAGGGGUCUUGAGUAAUAUGGCGGCUCAGCUCAAGGAGAUGAAGGAGCAAAUGGCACCAGGGAAGUUGGAGCGCAUUCCGGGGAAUAAGAACAGAGCAGAUGGGUUGAGCAGGAUAGAAUGGGUACAACCUGGGGAAGCUAAGGAAGAGACGUCACCGGUAGACGGAUUCUUGAAAAAAUAUGACAUGCAGCUUCACGUCAAUGUGUGGGCCUUGAGAGUCGAGGAUAAUGAGGUACGAGAAGGAAAACCUAUGUGGUUUGCACCAGCGACCUUUGUGAGGAACGAGAAGUUGAUAUUAAAACCUUUCGUCGAAGAGGACCCGUGGGAAGAAAGGAAUGCGGAAUGGAUGGCAGAGUUAGCUUUGGCUGAGAGUUAUAGAUUGACAGAAGAGCCGGUCACGAUUGAGGCAGGAACAGGACGGGUGGAUCGGCAUUUAUUAGCAGUAGGGAGAGUGCAUUACCUUGUGAACUCUCUCCUACAGGUCCGGACCGAAGAAGAAAGAAGGACGGUAAAGGCGGAUAAGGUAAUAUUGGGAGAUGACUACGAAUUUGAUGAGGAGAAGGAAGGAGAGGAAUUUGAACAAGGUGAAAUCUCGGAAGAUUUCCGGGAAGAAGAGUACGAUGGGUUCCAUUUAGAAAUGGGGCUUCUUCUCUCAGGCGACAAGCCAGAAAGGAAAGUUGAUGCCCCUUGGAGUGAGAAGAUUGAAGGAAUGUUGUUAAUUGAAUCAAUCAGGGGCUCUAAGCUACGGCCAGACCUGGACAAGCUGAUCCGGUUGCAUGAGCUGCUUCGGAAUGACUGUGAGUGGCUCCUUGAAGUAGAAGCCGAGAUAGCCGAGAAAUUGGAGGGAGCAAGAAGGAGCCAGAGAGGGAAUGACAAUGAUGGAAAAAUGGAGGCUUCGAUUAGAGGACUCCAAGAAAGGGUAAAGGAGAAGGAGGAAUUACUCACUCAGGGAGUAGCAAGUCACAUCCCUGAAAUCCUGAGGGAGAUCCAGAGAUUGAGAAAAAGGGAAGAAAUCAGGGAUGCACAGGUGGAAAAAAUGGGAAAAGAAGUGGAAAGCAUGAGGGCUGAAAUGAGCAAGGUAAGGGAAGAACAGCAAAAGCUUAAAAUGCAAGUGGAAUCGUUGAACAUUGCCCUGGAUAGUAAGAACAAGGAAGUGGAAAAAAAGAGGGUUGAACGAGAAAAACUGGAGAAGGAAGUUGGCAAGCUGGAAGGGGAGGUCAAUAAGCAGGAAAAGGAGAUGGAGACUCUCAGGAAGGUUAGUCAAGAAGGAGGAGCAGAGAUACCUACGAAAAUAGUUGAAUGGAACGACGAGUUUGGGUUUGAAAUCAUGAAUAUUACGGGAAUAAUUCAUGCAUCAGGACAAGACCCAGGGGGAGUAAGCAGAGAAGCAUUGAGACAAAGAGGGGAGAACAACGAUCAACCUACUAUCAUUCCAGCUUCUGCUAACAAGUUGGUUGAGAUACUGACAUCUAACACUGUUACAAAGUCUUCUAAUGGAGGCGAAUCCAGGGAUGAAAAAAAGAGACCUUGUUCUGAGAUGGUGGAAGCAGGUGGAGAGAAGGAGACAGCGAUUCCAUGUCAUUCUGCCAAAAAGACAAGGAGUGAGGGCAUAAAGUUGUGUUGGUAUUUCAUGAAAGGGAUGCAUCUGACGGAAGAAUGUCCAGGGUUUCAGUUUGAUGAGGAAAAGGGUUUGAUAAAGCUAGAUGAAAAUAAGAAGCUCAUAGACAGGGUUGGGAACGUUGUUAAAAAGGCCAAGGACGGGUUCAGGGCUCAACUGUAUAGACAGUUAAGCCUUAGCAUGGUAGACUAAGGGGAAA